UCGACCACCUCAGUCUUCACUCAUCACUCUCCAGUUAGAUCUACUUAAUUUCUCUUCUGCACCACACAUUUAAGUCUUUUCCAAUAUGCCAACAAAAAUUGUUAUUCUCGGGACAGGAUUUGCCGGCCUCUGGAGCGCACUGGCCGCCCAACGCCUGAUCAAAAACACGAACCAGACCAAGAAUGUCAAAGUCCUGGUCAUUUCUCCAAGUCCGACCUUGGUUCUUCGGCCUCGCCUAUAUGAGGCGGACGCUGAAAACAUGACCCACCCACUUGCCCCCCUGUUCGAGGCCACCGGGAUUGAGUUCUGUCAGGGUACCGCGAAGAAAAUCGAUCCUGAAGCGCGCAUUGUCCACACCCGAUCUGCCGAUGGGUCUGAUUUCGAAGUAUCUUACAAUCGCCUCAUCUUGGCAGCGGGAAGCUCGGUCGUGCAACCCGAGCGUAUCGCUGGACUCCGGGAACACGCCUUCGAUGUGGACUCGUUAGAGUCAGCGGCGAAGCUAGACGCACAUCUUGCCAAUCUCCAAUUUCUCCCACCCAGCACUGAGAGGAAUACCGUGAUAGUAUGCGGUGCGGGCUUCACAGGUAUUGAACUGGCCGCGGAAUUGCCCAAACGCCUAGGCCACAUUACCAGUCCACGCAUCAUUCUGGUUGACAAGGCCGAGGAGCUGGGCCCUGAGUUGGGGUCCGGACCGCGUCCGGUUAUUACGCAAGCCUUGAGGAACCUCGGGGUUGAGACGAAAUUGGGAUCCGGCAUUCAGUCAAUCGAUGCGGACGGAGUCACCCUCAUGUCCGGCGAGCGCAUCGAGGCCAAGACAGCCAUCUGGACAGCCGGGGUCCAGGCGACCCCUCUCACUCACCAGCUACCUGGCGCCAGAGACACCCUUUCUCGUGUUCUUGUCGACCAAGAUCUGCGUGCACCUUCCGCAAAGGAUAUUUUCGUGACGGGCGAUGCUGCGUGCGCAUUGGCUGACACUGAUGGCCACCACGCCCUAAUGUCCUGUCAGCAUGCCCUGCUGCUGGGCCGUGUAGCAGGUCACAAUGCCGCAGCCGAUCUGUUGGGCGAGACCCCAGUCCCCUACUCGCAAGCGGCCUACAUCUGUUGUCUAGACCUUGGGGGUUGGGGUGCGGUGAUCUCCGAAGGUUGGGAUCGAAAAGUGAGGAUCUCAGGGGAACUGGCCAAGCGAGUCAAGUGCUACAUCAACCAGAAGCUGAUCUAUCCCCCUCGGGAUGCUGAGGAGGCAUUGAAUGCCGCCAGCCCAACUGGAAUGGACUCAGAACAAUUGCUGAAGCAUGUUCUCCAAGCCGUCUAGAGCGGCCGCCAUCGUUCUGUCGCUAAAUGGUUUGGGGCCUAUUGCUGAGUGGCUUACUUGAAUGUUUGGAUUCGAUGCGGGAUCAUAAUCAAUGUAAUCAUAGAGAGGUAAAGGAAAAUACAUUAGUUCAUGGUAUCUGACA